AUGUACAGACAGUCUAACCACUCGUACGCUUCCACGGAUUCGUCGAGAAGACUUUCGUCCAACAAUCCGUUCAGGACGUCCGUCCAGAUCGAGCCAGCAAUCAGCAGAUCCAGUCUCUCAGCAGGCUCAGAGAACCGAGUCUCCACUCCUCCACAGAACUUUGAGGACUGGGUUCAGAAAAACAAGAGUCUUGUGGAUAUGUCGGACGACGAAGAUUUCUACGAGGCCACGGAGUCCAGCAACGGAUCCGCAAACAAUAAUAGCAGCACUGAUUUUGCCAGGCCAGCUUUUCCUGCUAGACCUGUGAGAGCUGGCAGCGACAGUAGUGUCAACUACGGAUCAAAGUACGUAUAA